AUGUCGUCAACUCUCGCUUCCCGAGCUCUCUUCCGUGCUGCCACCCGCAGGCAACUCUCCACGGCCAGGACCAUUGCUCGCUCCUUUGAAGCUCAUCCCUACGAGAGGAUGUCCAAGGAGAAGCACGCUUCUGGUGCCUAUGGAAAGAUGGCCAAGAACGCUGCUAGCCGUCUUGUCUUCUCACCCUCGACGGCCAUGUAUAAUCAAGCGUUCUGCAAGCGUCGGCGUUUUAGUCUACAGGAAAAGGCGUUCCUGGUUACGACGAAAUGA